AUGGCACCUGCGACGUACAAAGUCCUUACGCCCUCCCAAGUCGAGCACUUUCUCGCACAUGGCUACGUAGUCCUCCCUUCUGCAUUCUCACGUGAACAAGCGCAAGAUGCAAUCGCAAACGUCUGGUCGCGCCUAGGAUACGAUCCAUCAGACCCAACGACUUGGCUCUCCGACCGCGUUAAUAUGCCAUGGCACAAGCGCUUUGACGUCCAAACGUUUUGCCCCGUCGCAUGGGACGCGAUUUGCGAUUUGCUGGGUGGCGAAGAGCGCGUCGACCCCAAUGCCGCUUCCUGGAGCGAUGGGUUCAUUUGCAACUUUGGGAGCGCAAAGUGGGAUGAGGCAGUCAAACGCGGUGAGAAUCCCAAUGAUCCCAAGAAGUUGGACAAUUGGCACGUCGAUGGCGACUUCUUUGUCCAUUUCUUGGAUUCCAAGGAACAAGGGCUGUUGGUGAUUCCAUUGUAUACGGAUAUCCCAGAGAAUGGGGGUGGGACUAUGAUCUGUCCAGACGGCAUUGGUAAGCUAGCCAAGUGGCUAAUGGAUCAUCCCCAGGGCGUCUUCCCCCUGAUGCGGCCCGUGGACGCUCCGGAGAAGGAAGACUUCGACUCGCUCGAAUGGUACUUGAAAACGAUCCAAGAAUGCGGUGACUUUAGGCAGAUGACCGGAAAGGCUGGGGACGUGAUCCUGAUGCAUCCAUUGAUGCUCCAUUCGGCAUCUCGUAAUCUGCUCCGUACACACCGCAUCAUCACAAACCCACCAGUCUCUCUCAAAGAGUCAUUCAACUACGACCGCUCAGACCCAUCCCAGUACUCUCUCGUCGAGCAAAAGACACUCCAGGAACUCGCAAAACUUCUCAAAGCAGAAGGCAGAAUCCAGUCUGAGGACGAGGUGAAGAAUGGGUUGCGAGGAUGGAAGAUUUCGGGAGAGAGAAAGAGCCUUGUGCCGCGUCGCAUGAAGGCCCAAGAGCAGCUUAGAAGGGCAGAAGAGGCUCGUUUACGUGGAGAAAUAGUCGACGCGACCAAGGGCAAUGGAAUUCUUGCACAGGCCGAUAUAAUGAUGGCCUAG